AUGCCUCAGCCGCAGGGCUACAAGAAGGAGCUGGAGAAAGCCAACGGCACGAGAGCUGCUGUCGAGAAGGCUCUGUUCCAUGGCUCGUUUUUACUGCCUUUCUUUGCAUGCUUGGGCGGAGGAGCUGGGAGAUGUGCAGCGAGCGUUGUGCAUGGCAACACGCAAGCUGCAGACGGUGCAAAAGGUCAGCGAGACUCAGCACCAGGCGUUGUUGGAGGAGCGGCGGAGGUGCCAAAGCACGGCUGUUGGUGUCGAAACUUAGUCCAUGAUCGGUGCUCGUCACUGUCUCGAUUUCUUCGCCUUCUCUCAAUAGUUUGUUCUCUUAUGGCACUCGUGCACUAUGAGCUAUGA